GCGGACCCGGGUGCCGCCGCCGGCAGCGAGCGGGAGCGAGCCCGGCGCCUCGCCCCUCUGUUCUGUGGGGCGUCGCCGCUGCCCGCCGGAGCUCCCCCGGAGCCGGGGCGAGAUGGAGCAAUUGUCAGAUGAAGAGCUUGACCAUGGUGCCGAAGAAGAUAGUGAUAAGGAAGAUCAGGAUCUUGACAAGAUGUUUGGGGCCUGGCUGGGUGAACUGGACAAACUCACACAGAGUUUGGAUGCAGAUAAGCCUGUGGCACCAGUGAAGAGGUCACCUCUCCGCCAGGAAACCAAUCUUGCCAACUUCUCAUAUCGCUUCUCCAUGUACAAUUUGAAUGAAGCCCUGAAUCAGGGGGAGACUGUGGAUCUGGAUGCCCUCAUGGCUGAUCUCUGUUCCAUAGAGCAGGAGCUCAGCAGCAUUGGCUCUCAUUCAGCAAACAAUGCUGCAGUGAAACGCCUUGCCACAGAACCCAAAACUCAGAAACCACCUGCUAGUCGACCUUCUGCUAAGCACAGCAGCGUGAAAGGAUUGUCCUCCUCCUCUGCUAAGGUGACUAAACCAUCACAUGCCAACGUGUCUCUGGAUGACAUCACUGCACAGUUAGAGAAGGCCUCUUUGAGCAUGGAUGAAGCAGCCCAGCAGUCUCUUGCAGAAGACACCAAGCCAGUGGUUGCUGCCCAGCACAGGAGGACAGCUUCUGCUGGCACGGUGAGCGAUGCUGAGGUACGCUCCAUCAGUAACUCCUCCCGUUCCAGCGUGACCUCAGCAGCUUCCAGCAUGGACUCCUUGGAUAUCGAUAAGGUGACGAGACCUCAGGAACUGGACUUGACAUCACAAGGGCAACCAAUCACUGAGGAGGAACAGGCUGCUAAACUGAAAGCUGAGAAGAUUAGGGUUGCAUUAGAGAAGAUUAAAGAAGCACAAGUGAAAAAGUUGGUGAUCAGAGUCCAUAUGUCUGAUGACAGCUCAAAAACGAUGAUGGUAGAUGAGAGGCAAACAGUGAGACAAGUAUUAGACAAUCUCAUGGACAAAUCACAUUGUGGCUACAGUUUAGACUGGUCAUUGGUGGAAACCAUUUCUGAAUUGCAAAUGGAAAGAAUCUUUGAAGAUCAUGAAAAUUUAGUUGAAAAUCUCCUGAACUGGACAAGAGAUAGUCAAAACAAACUAAUGUUUGUGGAACGUAUAGAGAAAUACGCACUUUUCAAGAAUCCACAGAACUAUCUUCUGGGGAAGAAAGAGACCUCUGAGAUGGCAGACAGAAAUAAAGAGGUGCUGCUAGAGGAAUGCUUCUGUGGAAGUUCUGUAACUGUGCCAGAGAUUGAGGGAGUUUUGUGGCUGAAAGAGGAUGGUAAGAAAUCUUGGAAGAAACGUUACUUCCUUCUUCGGGCUUCUGGAAUCUACUAUGUCCCUAAAGGGAAGGCAAAGGUCUCACGGGAUCUUGUGUGCUUUCUACAGCUAGACCAUGUCAGUGUUUACUAUGGACAGGACUAUCGGAACAAGUACAAGGCACCCACAGACUACUGUUUAGUGCUAAAGCAUCCUCAGAUCCAGAAGAAGUCCCAGUAUAUCAAAUAUCUUUGCUGUGAUGAUGUAAGAACUCUACACCAGUGGAUCAAUGGCAUCCGCAUUGCUAAGUACGGGAAGCAACUAUACAUGAACUAUCAGGAAGCAUUGAAGAGAACAGAAUCAGCAUAUGACUGGACCUCCUUGUCUAGCUCCAGUAUCAAGUCAGGCUCCAGCUCAUCUAGUUUGCCAGAAUCUCAGUCAAAUCAUUCUAAUCAGUCUGACAGUGGAGUUUCUGACACCCAGACAGCUGGACAUGUCCGUUCCCAAAGCAUUGUCAGCUCCAUGUUCUCUGAGGCCUGGAAACGAGGCACCCAACUGGAGGAAUCCAGCAAGGCCCGAGUGGAGCCUGCAGGUCGGCCUUUGGUGUCUGUCGCAGCUCCCGUGUCCCCGCAGACGAAAGCCGUGACCCCCGCCGCCCCAUCCGCGGGCUCGCCCGCCACCAUGUUCGUCAAGUACAGCACCAUCACCCGGCUGCAGAACGCGGCCCAGCACGGCGGCCCUUUCUCCAAAGCCCCCGCUGCACAGCAGGCCCCGCCGCCGCCCCCGCCCUCGGCAAAGCCUCAGAUCCUGGUGCCCCCCAACGGGGUCAUGCCGCCUCCCCCGCCCCCACCGCCGCCGCCCACCCCGGGCUCGGCCAUGGCGCAGCUGAAGCCGGCACCGUGCGCCCCCUCUGUGCCGCAGUUCACGCCGCCACCACCGCCCCCCAAGAUACAUCAGGUUCAACCAAAUAUAAGCCAGGCUACUGUCGCCUCCUCGUUGCCACCGCCGCCUCCUCCGGUGCCUGCCCCCCCGCCGCCCCAGGCACCCCCAAAGCCUGUCAUGGCAGCUCUGCCCCCUCAGCCUAGUGGGAAGGUGGCGUCGCCGGGGGUCACACACAUCCCUCCCCCUGUGACUGCACCCUUGCCCCUUGUGAUAAAGAAACAACCAAGUGUCACUUCUCCCCAGGUGCCUCCUCUGCCCCCUGCCCCUCCUGGCCCCACUCCCCCUGCAACAUUCCCAAAGCAGCAGAGUUUCUCGGUAAAGCCUCCUCCAUCCCCUCAGUCCCCGGUGCCAUCGGUGGUGAAGCAGAUAGUCAGCCAGUUCCCCGCUCCUCCCACACCACCUGCCACUGAGCCCCAGCCUCUGAAACCCCUUCCACUGAGUGUGGCUCCACAGUCACCUCCAGCAGUGAAGGCAAAGCCCAAAUGGCAGCCUGCUGCUGCUCCCUCACCAGAUUUCCCACCUCCUCCACCAGAGAGCAGCUUAGUGUUUCCUCCUCCACCUCCUUCCCCAGCUUCCUCUGCAGGUUCUCCCCCACCCGACAAAUCAGGGUCUCCAGUCAAAAAGGCCGGCAAGACAUCAAGCCCUGGAGGGAAGAAACCGCCUCCAACACCUCAGCGCAACUCCAGCAUCAAGUCCACAAGCUCCACUGAGUACCAUGAGUCCAAGAGGCCUUCAGUGGACCGCCUUGUCAGCAAAUUUGCACACUCACCAGAGCCGUCAGGAUCUCCUUCCAAGGAGUCAUCACCUCCUCCAGCCCCUCCAAAGCCAGGAAAGCUCAACCUAUCUGGUCUGCCGAUUGUCCUUCCACAGGGUGGGAUCCCAGCCAAGGCUUCUGCUCCGAAUGUGUCUGGAAAGGAACCUGUGGUUGAAUUCCCUUCACCGCCAUCUGAUUCAGACUUCCCACCACCACCACCUGAAAUAGAUCUUCCUCCCCCUCCAGUAGAAAUUCCAUCUGUGUUUUCAGGCAGCACCUCCCCAAAAGUCGCCGUUGUAAAUCCCCAGCCACAGGCAUGGUCAAAACCAUCUGUGAAAAAAGCCCCACCACCCACACGCCCCAAGCGGAACGACAGCACCCGACUGACACAGGCAGAGGUCGCAGAGCCCCCAGGGUCAGCCGGCCCACAAGUGCCCACUUCACCCAAGUCCAGCCUUAGCGUUCAGCCGGGAUUCCUGGCAGACCUCAACCGGACGCUGCAGCGGAAAUCCAUCACCCGGCACGGCUCCCUCUCCUCCGCACGGAUGUCCAGAACAGAGCCCACCGCCACCAUGGACGACAUGGCCCUGCCUCCACCCCCACCAGAGCUGCUGGCUGACCAGCAGAAGACCAGCAGCUUUGGGGGCAGUCAUAUAUCUGGCUAUGCAACGUUACGGAGGGGGCCACCCCCUGCACCCCCCAAAAGGGAUCAGAACACCAAGCUGUCACGGGACUGGUAGUCAGUCCCCAGGGCCAGUGCUCUCCAUGACUUGUGGGCUGCUCUGUGAUCGGCCAGCCCGUGGUCUUGUGCAUGUGGAGAGGAUGUGGGGAUGUGGAUGAUAGCCCCAUUAAAAGAGGUGAUCUCAAACUGCAGCUAUGGCUAAAUGUAAAGACAUUCCCCUUCCAUGGCUAGGUUAAAAAUUUGGAGGCUUAGGGGUGUUGCUACUUAACUGGGAAAAGUGGGUAGAGAGGUGUUGGCUUCAUUCUUUCAGUUACUUUUACCCUUCUUAUGGAUUGGACCAAACCCCUCAUUUUCUUUUUCUGCAUUUAGGGGAGGGGGAGGGAGAUACUUUUUUUGUAGUGUCUGUCCACGUGAGACGUUUGUGCAUGUAUUAUAAGUGUAGGUAUAUAAUAUAUUGUGAUCUAUUUCGUCGCAAUUAUAGAAGAUAACCAGAAUGUUUUUGUAGAACCGUAUUUAUUGUUUCAGUCAAUAUAUUAUCUGGAAUCGGACUCGAAGUGGUCAAAUCUUACCAUAAAGUUGGAGAUGUAGGGGGCACUUUAAAGAAAGGAAAUAAAAAACCUAAACCCACAAACUUCUCAGCAGUUUGUGGUGGGUAAAUUCUGCAAAGCUGAGGUGUUCGGCUGGUAACUGUACAUUGUCCAUUGAUUGAAAAGUACAGAUGCAACAUACCAAAACAUUCUGGUCAUAAUACUACUGAAAAUGAGUAUGUUCAGAGGAAAGAAAUAGAUUUUAUAUAUAGUGGGCUGGAGUGAAAUAUAUUUAUACUAUAAAGAGCCUCCCCCUCCUUUCAAAUAGUAUAAAAAUAUACACCGAUACAAAUUAUUUCAAACUUACUUGUCCAUGCAGUUAAGUAGGAUAAAUAUAUAUAUUCCAAACCAUUAUGCAUUCUAACUGUUAGUAGGCUCAAUCAUUUGUUUCUAUGGCUCAAGAUGAAUAUAUUUGUGUUAACCCCUUCUGAAAGCUGCCAGGACUCCUGCAAUCGAAAAUCCUGCCAACCCCCAAGGCUGACCCACGCCGAUCCGUGAGCUGUCCGUGUAACUCUUACCCUGAAUGAACAGGUAGGUUUCUGUAGAAAGCACUGUGUGCUCACGCAGGCAUGUACAGCGUCCAGUCUCACCUGGUCUGUGCCUGGUAAGAUGCAGUGUCUUCACAAAAACAAGCGUCUGGAAAUGUGUAAAGAAAGUAUUGUUUGUAACUGAUUAGAAAUUUUCAGGAAACUUUCCUUUCUGGAAAGAGAGAAGGGAGCAGCAAUUUCAGGACAAGGAGAGUAGGAAGUCGCUCUCAGAGACUGUGACCAGUGCAUUAACCUGUUUAUUACAAAGUUGCACUUCUAGCAGUCAAGGAAGAAGACUGGAAAUAAAACAACCUUAAAGAGGCAAUAACAUUUGCUAGGAAUUUCAUCUAAGGGCCCAUAUGAGUAGAAAACAGACUAUUGAUUUGCUUGGUUUUUUGUUAGUCACCGAUAUCGGUCACCAGAUCGAGUAUGACAGUCCUUUUUCUUCAGUAGCUACUUCAUUAGCUUGAUUGUACAGUCUGACCCACAUAUUCAGACCUUGUGAUAAGGUGGUGUAAGUGGUCUUAUGUAUCAUUGCACAUUCCUUGCAGGGUGGUGGGCCUUUGUAAAACUAAAAUAUUUGGACUGUAACUACCCCAUCUUCAGCUGUUACUGCCUCCCUUGUCACCAUGGGGAUACUGUCAAUAGGCUCAUAGGGCAAAUAAUUUCAUUGUUUGCAUACUUUUUCUCCAAAAGCAAACUUGAAAUGCUUUCUUUUUCCCAAAGAAUAAAACAAAGACAGAAGCUUGACCUGGCAGUUACCCUCACAUGUGUAAAACCUAUAUAAACUGAUCUCUCAUUAGAGUAAUUCAGAAUGAUACAUUUAAGAAAUAUUGUGACAGUGUCCCCCAUUCCUUUUUUUUAUAAAGUUGUUGUUUUGGGUUUUUUUAACCAAAUAGUGAAAUAAAUGUCUUUGCGAAUAUUUUAUGAAUAGGAAAAAAAGUUUUGCUAAUUUGAGGUGGAAAAUUACACAUCUAUAACUAUAUAGUUUUAAAUAGAUGCAUCAUGAAAAGAGAAAAAUUAGUGGUGCUGUCUCUGCUGACCUGUUUCAUAUGAUUUUUUUAAAAAUCUGUUUCAGCACCUCUGGAAAUUGUUUUAAUAUUUCAGACUAGAUUUUUUGAGCAAUAAGAGUAUAUACCAUUGUGUGCAUUUUUAAAGCACUGCUAUGGAAAGGCACUUUUUUGUAUCUUUCAAAUUGUCCACCAAGUUUUGUUUGUACUAUUUUUGUGCUUACAAAGUGUCCUUAAAAGCAUUUGCAUUGUUGAUUUUAAGCAUGCUCAGUGUAGCUGGUGACUAACUUCACAGGAGGGUUGUUAAGCUAUACUGCAGCUCACGGGUGCUGUAAUUUUCACCAUUGGUCCUCUUGCUGCUUUUUCGUGUGUGCAGCUCCUGGGGCUCAGACACACCAGUGGGCAAAAGGUGCUCGCUGCAGCCGAAACUGCUUGGCCCUUAGCCGUGACGGGUAAGUGGGCACAUUCUCCUGCUCCUGGCAAGAUGCACCUGGGCUGAGGCAGUGUGUGCUCCAGGUGAGAGCAGUCAGGGAAUUCUGUUUGCCCCACCUGCUUUUCUUUUCCCCAAGACAGCCUCACUGGUGUGUGUCAGUUCCAGCCCUUUUACUUUAGUUCAUUCGGUGCGGGUACUCUGGGCUUUGGAGUUGGCACACCAAUGUUUUGAGUGCCAUUUCUUUAGAGGCAUUUGAGCUUUGUUCUUGUUUUCCUGUGCUCACAUUCAUAUCCCUGGUAUCUCUCCCUAGGUAAUGAAUCCAUGCUUACUACUGCAGGCUGCCCACAGCUUGCUGGCAGACAGCUGUGUAACUCCUAAGUCUGCAGCAAAAAGAAUUUAUGUCAGCAAAGGUGGCACCCUGUAUUCCUUCUAGUUAGUUUCCUUCCUAAGGCAGUAGUGAUCCACUGAGCGCCUGCUGCGUGUUUUCUCUCAACUAAGCAUGGAUAUUUGGCUACAGCAUGGUUCAGAAAAUCUGGUUGCCUUUUCAAGUUACGAGAUACCUCCCAUUGUAACUUGCUUUUCUGGUAUGUUUACUGGUUUUGUGACAGUAAAUAUUUACACCUUAUUUUGCAAGUAAGUUAUUUUCCCCCAUGUGCAGUCAUCUCAUAACUGCACCAUAAUGUUUAUUAAAUCAGAAAAUUAAGGGGCUAGAUUUCAGACACCCAGGAAGAGGCUUCCUGCUACAAACAUGGGCAGUAAUACUUUGGGCACUGUUAAAAUGGGCACGUGAAGGCUGAGUGUUCAUACUCUGGACACAAAAGUGCUUUGAUCCCAAAAUACGUGUAAGGCUGGCAUUGGAAUACAUGAGGCAGGGCACAGGCUGGUCACUUGUUAAGGUGGGUGUCAGGGGAGCCUUGCUCCUGCAAGGGCAGCUGAAAGGGCUCAGCUGUGUUUGUUAGUAUUUUUUUUUCCACAUUUGGUCUUCAUUUCCCCUCUGCUAUGCAGCAUAGCAUCCACCUCUGAGUAGCAGAGCCCUGUUCAGCCAGGUGUCUGUGCCUGCAGCCCAGGUGUAAAAAGCAGGGAGCUGUUCUCAGACAUUACAUCACAGUUCAGGUGUUGGGGAGUUGCUUUGAAAGUGAAAACUAGGCUCUUCUAGCAGCACUAAGCUUAGAUGAGAAAUUGUUUUUAAAAAAAAUUGUUCUAAGCAAACCACAGGCAGCAUGUUUCAGGUGGCUGUGCUAGGGGUCCUGUUUAGUCUUUUAACAGCUGUAGCUGGGAGAGAAAGGCACACGUGUCUAAAUAAUUCUCUUAUUUUCUAUGGAAGAGGAAGUUUCCUGCUUCACCCUGCACAGUGGUUUCCUCCUGCAGCAAAUCACCACUGACUGCUCUGACUUGGUGAAGACCUCAAAGCCAAAGAGCUCCUCUCCUGAGAUUACUCUGCAGUUCUCUGCAGGGCAACAGUGAGUGACACAUCAGGGAAACAGUGCAGGUACCUGGAUUUUUUUUUUUUUCAGGUCUGAGGGGAAAGGAAGCAGUUUUUUCAACAAGUGCAUUUUAACGUUUACUGUUCUGGGCUUGCGCAUUUGAAGGUUUUCUAAUUCCUUCUUUCUGUGCCCUUAGACAACCAGAUAAAUCAUAUCAGCUCAGAGAUAGAGUGGCCAGUCUUCCUUUCAGUUAAAUUUUUUUUCCAUAGUUUAACCAAAAGUGCCAUUUCAACAGCAGAAGGGCAAAAAGAGAAUUUUUCUGCUUUUUACAGAAAACAGCAUAGAACCAAAUUGUUUUGCUACAGUGGUACCAUUGCAGGUAAAUUUGUAUCUUAUUCAAAAUAAGAUUAUAAGUGGAUCCUAGUAUGAGUAUUACUUAACUAGUGUCAUGUUAAAAUCAGUUGCACUCCAGCAAAGCAGUAUGAAUUCCUGGCAGAAGGUAGUGAGGAUGCAGCCAGAACAUGGGAGUUUGAUUGGUUGCUGGGUUUGUUUUUUUUUAGCAUGUUAAGGUGUAGAUUACAUACUCAGUGACACUCAGCUGCAGGUGAGUCUUACUACUUUGGGGCCCAUUUGUGGCACCUGCUGUUGGGCUCUGCAUUCAUUCCCUUGCACCACUGGGGCAGACUCCAAACCAGAGAGGACUGAACACUACAGGGGAGUUUCUCUUGGAUGUUUUUUGCCACAUGCUGGUGGGAUUUUAAGCUUUAUUUUGGAAUUCUGUUUUUCUACAUUGAGUAAUUUUCCUUUCUGAACUUUCUUUCCUUCAAUAAAAAAAUGCCCAUGAAGACUGACCAAACCAGGGUUUUGUUGCAGGGGGCAGCACUCACUAAUACUGUGACACAGGCUUGGUCUAAUUUUGAGAAGUUUAAGACACUAAACUACAAAUGAGAUGAGAAACACAUGCUUAUCUCGCAGAGUGUAAAUUACUUUAAUUGCUACUAACCAACCACAGGGCAAAUAAAUGACUUGGAUGAUGAUCAUUUGGUGCUCUGAGGCACUCAGUGGGGCAAGGACUCAGUGAGCUCUCUGCUCAGUCGAUGGAUCUUGGGUAAAGGGGAGUUAGAGAAGGUAGAAGACCAGGAGGAACAGGAACUAGUGCUGUAGAAAUGAGUGAGAAGUAUUGUCAGUAAAAGAUUGUGGACACUAUCCCCCCCCUUAUUUAAAUGCUUGAAGGCAACUUGUCUUUUAGGAGAUUUUGGAAUUCAACCAUUUGCUACAGUGGAAAACAAUUUCCUUCCAGCUUUCCCAAGAUGCCAAAGAUGCAUUCUGAGCUGAAUUCCAGGUAUGCAGAUGUGUGUACACCAGUCUCUUGCUGCCAGGGGUCUCAUACUGCUGAUGUGUAGCACGUCUGGUGAGAGAACAGGGUUGCCGCUCUUAGAUGUUGUGUGUCCCUUGCCUUUAACCAACACUGGAAGUGGGUACACACGUGCAAAGGACAGUGUAGCAAACACAGCUGUGCCCAUGGCACCCUGCUGCCUGAUUUGGUGCAGCACAAUAGUGCUUGUACUUCUAAAAGAAAAACUAAAUGUUUUGUCACAAGUUGUAAUUGGAAAUCUUAGGCCUCCUAGUGGACUGCAGUGGACCAGAAAUGAGCUGGAGCAGCAGUUUGGUUUAUGGCUUACACUAAUUGUUACCAGUCACUGGGAAUAUUCUGUACAAUACUGGAGAUGCAAGUGUAAGAAGUGUCAUUGCAAUGAUGAUUUGUCUGUGCAGCAAACUUGUGCUGAGUGCUGUAAAUAUUCAUGUUUACUGCUUUAAAAAGAAAAUUGCACAUUUUAUCUUUCAAUGGGAUUGCCUCCCCUCUUCUUCCCUUUCCAAAAAGAAAAAAAAAAUAAAAUCAAAGCUCUUUUAGACUGAUAGCUUCAGGUUGGGGGGAGCUUUGCCAUAUUAUAAAUAUAUAUAAAUAUAUGUAUAAAUAUACUUUUUUAAGCAUGAGAGAGGACAAAAGAAAUACUACAUUAUAGAAUACCCAAUAUAGAUCAUUAUACAAUGGAAUAUGCACAAUUCAAUAAAGAUGUAGUUAAAUUUAA